AUGAAUCGACGCACCAACCGCCUCUGCUGCUGCUGCUGCUGCUGCUGCAUUUCUCCCCCGCAGCAAAAUGAGUUGCCUGCUGCUGUGAGCAGCUACAGAAGGAGCAGCAGAUGCAGCCGCCGCGCUGCAAGCAGUCUGCUGCUGCUGCUGCUGCUGCUGCUGAGUCCGCCUGCAGUGCAGGGGUUCCGCAGAGGUGUAUGUACACCUCAGUUACAAGCAGCAGCAGCCACUUCAUCGCUUUCAACUCACUUUGAGCAGCAGCAGCAGCAGCUGCUGCUGCUGCUGCAGCAGCAGCUGCCGCUGCAGCGCCACCGUGAGGGGAUCGCGACCAAAUGUGGGGCAGCAGCAGCAGCGGCUGCUGCUGUAGCUGCUGCUGACUCAGCAACUACAGCACGCGACCACAGCAGCAGCAGCAUCAGCAGCAGCAGCAGCGUCUGCAGCAGCAGCAGCAGCAGCAGACGUUUUGCGCCUCAAGGGCUUAUCAGAAGCUUCGCAGCGUCGGCGUUGCAGCCCGAGGACUUUUGGACAGACCAAAAGCAGCAGCAGCAGCAGCAACAGCAGCAGCAACAACAGCAGCAGCAAGAGCAAGAGCAGCAGCAGCAGCAGCUGCUGCACCUGGAAGGCGACGACGGCUUCGUCUCCGUCAGGUCAGAAGAAUCUCCAGCGCAUUUCUGGAGUUCUUAUGAGGAUGAGCUGCAGCAGCAGCAGCAGCAGCAGCAACAGCAGCAGCAGCAGAAACAGUACAGAGGCUCCUGGAGGCAGAACCAGCACCUGUCCCGGUCGCUCUACGCCAAGCAGCAGCAGCAGCAGCAGCAGCAGCAGCAGCGGCGGCGCCAGCGACAGCAGCAGCAGCUGCAGCUGCAAGGCGAAGGGGAUGCAAACAGCUCAGAUGCAUUGGCAGCAAUAUCGCGCUGCGGGACGCUUGACGAUUUGCUGCAGCUGCUGCACCGUCUUGCUGCUGAGAAGCCGCUGCAGCAGCAGCGAGCGCCGGUGCUGCUGCGAGCGCUGCAGCAGCUUGCUGCUCUUGCUGCUGCUGCAGACAGCAGCAGCAAAGGCAAAGCUAAAGCCCCCAAGGGCCAUUCCCACGUAGCCCGCUUCCCUAUUGUCAAGGUAAGGGAUCCUGCAGCAGCAGCAGCAAAGCAGCAGCAGCAGCAGUAA